CUCAUCUCCAAGCCUUCUAUAUUCUAAGAAGAGAAAAUGGAAGCCAUUGAAUCAAACCCAAAGAUCUCUCUGCAUACACGCACUAAUAGCUUUCCCACCGCACCUCACCCCCUUGUAUCACAAUUUGAGGAUCAUCUGAACAGAUUGAAGUCUUCUGAUUCUUCCUCUUCUUCAUCUUCUUUAAGGUACAAACUCAGUGGCUUGCAGGAUUUACAGGACUAUCAUGAUAAGUUGCUUCAAUUGUCAACCGCCCGACAAGUCUUUGCACAAGAUUGCAGCCAAAAAUGUGUUGAUGAACUACUUGAUGGGUCUCUAAGGCUCUUGGAUAUCUGCAGUACUGCUAAAGAUUGUCUUGAACAGUCAAAGGAGUCCGUGUAUGAAGUUCAGUCAGCCAUAAGAAGAAGGGGAGCUGAAGCUGCAUUCACAGUUGGGGCUGGAAAUUAUUUGGCUUCAAGGAAAAAUGUGAAGAAAGCAGUUCGAAAGACCUUGGGAAACAUCAAAGAAAUAAGAAAUCAAUUCAUAGUUUCGUCUGCAACCAAGGAACAUGACAUGCUAGGCAUGCUAAAAGAAGCAGAAGCAGUCACUGUGAGCACAUUAGAAUCUUUGCUGUACUUCAUCUCCGAUCCAAAGGGACAGUCAAAACAAAGCAGAUGGUCAGCAAUUUCCAAGUUGAUGCAGCCAAAAAGAGUUGCUUGUGACUCUCAAGAAUUAAGCACAAAUGAAUUUGAGAAGGCAGAUACUACUUUGAAGUCUCUCAUCAGUGGCAAGAAAGCAUCCAUGGACAAUAUUCAAGGCCAUUUGGAAAACUUGGAGAUGUGCAUUCAGGAUCUAGAGAUAAAAGUUGAAUGCCUCUCAAGGAAACUUGUCAGAACCAGGGUUUCCCUUCUUAACAUCUUCAACCACUAGUUACAUAAAAUAUCUAGGAUGACCUCGGACACUCCAAUUCAUUUUUUCCCCAUGAGUGUCUCAUAGUUGUACAUGAAUGUGAUUGAUAAUACUGAGCAUAUAUUCUGGGAUCA